AUGGAAGUGGCAAAGAAAGACCCAGGUGAUGGAGGGAAUUCGGACACCCUGGGGUCCACUGGCUCGGCCAAGAAAAGAGCAGGGGGGACCAAGAAGGCUAUGCAGGCCAACAAGUCUGCUCUUCGGGCCCCCCGUGCUCUCUGCUGCCUCACCCUCAGCAACCCCAUCCGCAUGGCAGCCCUGGCACUGGUGGAGUGGAAAUAUCCUUCGCUGCUUUAA